GUGGAGCUGACCGGCAGCAGCAUCUUCGACUAUGUCCACCCAGGAGACCAUCUAGAAGUGGCCGAUCAGCUGGGACUGAAGGCUCCCCUGGGCCCCGGUCACCCCCAGCGUCCUAAAGCCUCCCUCCUGGGCCCCUCCGCCUCGUCCUCCAGCUUGUCUGAGGGUCCUCAGUCAGACCUUUCCAGUUCCCGCGCCGCCGAAGGAGACGAAGUCCUGGAACGUUCCUUCUUUGUCCGCCUGAAGUCCACUUUGACCAAGCGAGGACUUCACAUCAAGACGUCGGGCUAUAAGGUGAUCCACGUCACAGGCCGCCUCCGUUCCCGACGUCCGUCCUAUCCCCACGCGGUGCUGGGCCGGGUGCUGGGACUGGUAGCGCUGGCCCACACCCUGCCUCCCUCCACCCUCAGCGAGGUGCGCAUUGAGUGCCACAUGUUCGUCUUCCGGGUCAACAUGGACCUCCAGAUCGUGUACUGUGAGAGCAGGAUCACGGACUACAUGGACUUCUGUCCCUCGGAACUCGUGGGGAAGAGCUGCUAUCGGUUCAUCCAUGGGGAAGACGUGGAAGGGAUCCAGCAAAGCCACUUGGACUUGUUGAACAAGGGGCAGGUGGUCACCCACUAUUACCGCUGGCUGCAGAAGAGUGGCGGCUUCGUCUGGGUCCAGUCCUGCGCCACCAUCUCCGUCAACGUCAAGAAUCCCUCCGAAAGGAACAUGGUAUGGGUGAACUACAUCCUCAGCAAGCCAGAAGGCAAGAACGUCGCUCUGGAUAUUUUCCAGGUUCCUGGCAUCCCCGCCAGACAGACGGAAGCGCCCAACGCAGGGACGGAUUUCAAAGGGGAAG